UCGCGCUGCGUGGUUGCUGCUUGCUUUUUUUCCCCCCUUGCUUUUGCUGCUAUCGCUGCGAGGAGGAGGAGGAGGAGGAGGAGGAGGAAGGGAAGCGUUGAUCCCCGUGGUGCUGGCCUUUCGCACCAUGGUGCUGCCUCUGCAGAAAUGCAAGGAAGAAUGGCAAGAACUAGAGGAGGAAUUCCGGCAACUCCAGGAAACUCACAAAAUUUACAAACAAAAGCUAGAGGAACUGAACAGCUUUCAGAUGACCUGCAGCAGCUCUAUACAGAAGCAGAAGCGGGGAUUAAAAGAUCUACAGUACAGUUUCCAAAGAUGUAAACGCGAUUGCAGCUUGGAAGAACUGGAGCUCAUACAGCAAAUAAAGAGUCAGAUCAAAGAGCGGCAAAAUGUCUUCUUCGACAUGGAAGCCUAUUUGCCAAAGAAGAACGGUUUGUACUUGAAUCUGGUGCUGGGAAAUGUGAAUGUAACCCUUCUGAGUAACCAGGCCAAGUUUGCCUACAAAGAUGAAUAUGAAAAAUUCAAACUCUACUUGACUAUAAUCUUAUUACUUGGAGCGAUCACUUGCCGCUUCAUCCUUCAUUACCGGGUGACUGAUGAAGUGUUCAACUUCCUCUUAGUUUGGUAUUACUGCACGCUGACAAUAAGAGAAAGCAUCCUCAUCAGCAAUGGAUCAAGAAUUAAAGGCUGGUGGGUGUCUCAUCAUUAUGUCUCAACAUUCUUGUCUGGUGUGAUGUUAACAUGGCCAGAUGGUGUCAUUUACCAAAUGUUCCGCAACCAGUUUCUAGCAUUUUCUAUUUUUCAAAGUUGUGUUCAGUUUCUACAAUAUUACUAUCAAAGUGGCUGCCUUUACAGACUUCGUGCCUUAGGGGAGAGAAACCAGUUAGAUCUCACAGUGGAGGGAUUUCAGUCUUGGAUGUGGCGAGGGCUGACCUUCCUGCUUCCCUUUCUGUUUUUUGGGCAUUUCUGGCAGCUGUAUAAUGCGAUCACGCUUUUUGAACUGUCAAGACAUAAAAACUGUAAGGAAUGGCAAGUUUUUGUGCUUGCACUCACAUUUCUGCUGCUCUUUCUUGGGAAUUUCCUCACGACCCUGAAAGUUGUGCACACAAAAUUUCAGAAGAAUAAAAUGAAAAAGCUGUGAGAAAGAAGGCUCUGCUUAUGGACGCCAAAGCCUGGGGGGUCUGGUUUCCUAUUGUCCCCCGCUCUGCUGUGAUUAGACACCCAUCCCAGACAGCCCUCCAGAGCCACCGCUGGCCCUGCAACCGCAGAGGAAAUCCCACCUGCACCCUGCUACACGUCUUCCUCAACUGACUUAUUCUGCAAGUGCUGCUGUCUCCCAGCUGAUAGCUUAAUUGUCUAUUUUUAAUCAAAUAAAAUCCCUCUGGCUUUUUCCAGGAUGCAGCCAUGAGGUUGGUUACUUCUAGGAAAAAGAUGGAUUUUCAGGAGAACAAGGACGUGUUGUUAUUCUGGAAUAAGGCAAUCUUUAAAAGCUGUCUCCCAAAUUUCCCUGUACUGGAACCUCUCUGGCUGCUGCCAGCUGUCGCGCCUGCUGCUGUUUACUGAGCUCUGCUCCUCUUCAGACUUACCUUGGAAACUAAUAGGGUCCAUUUCGGAACAGUGCCUAGAGGUGGAGCCCCAAAGACUGUUCUCCACUUGUACUCAAUUGAAAGCAUUUUCAGUGGGGCACUUGCCGAGUUUGUUUAUAUGGGAGGAAGGGAAGCGGGGCUUUGCCUCUUCACUGCAGUCUGUUCCCACUAAACUAGCUUACGAGGAUGGGGAAAGCCAAUGAGAAAACCUCAUCAAAUCCAGCGGAAGUUAUUACCAUCUGUCUUUCAUUUUGUUGGCAAUAAGGUCCAGUGAACAUUUCACUGAGUUUCAGGGUUUGACUCUGUUGAACCUUGGGAGGGAUCAUCAAUAAAGAAUUGUCUUAGCUGAAGAGGAGUUAAUAGAUUCCCCCGAGAAUUAGAUACAUCCCUUUUAAACGCAUCUUAAAAGGCAGAUUUUAGGGCAAUAUACGGGUCGGAUGCAGGGCUUUGGCAGCUUGGUGCAAUGCAGAAGUGCAUGGCUUGCUCUGCAAACAGGCAGAAGGGGAGACAAAACGCUACUUCUGGGAAGGACACUCUGUUGCUUGGCUUUUGCUCACUUACUGAAAUACUGUGCCUCACUUUGCUCCUUCCCAUAUUCCCUCAGAUCGGUUUUAUAGACAUUAACAACAAAAAUAUAAUAGAUAUUUGCCCUUUUAGAUAA